AUGAUUGGUUCCAACAAGCACACAACGAAAAGCAACAUUGCUCCAUCCACAUCUACGAAACGUUUAUUGCGAGAUUUGAAGGAAAUUGAGCUCCAUCCUCUCGAAACUGUCUAUGCUCAACCUGUUGAGGAUAAUCUCCAUCGAUGGUAUGCCACUGUGUUGGCUCCAAAAACCUCUGCUUAUCAUGGUAUUAUUCUUCACUUGAGAAUGGACUUUCCAUCGAACUAUCCUCAUGACCCUCCAACCAUCAAACCCUUAACCCGAUUGCACCAUUCCCAUGUGUUUCAAGAAUGGAUUUGUUUGGACAUGUUGAAAACUCACUACAAUUCCGAUCCGUAUUCGGGUUGGUCUUCGAGUUACUCGGUCAUGUCCCUUCUCUUGCAAUUACAAAGUUUCUUAUUGGAAGAAGAGUAUGAACAACGAGACUAUAUUCAAGGAGAUAUUGGGCUCACCCGAAAGUAUUCCAAUCAAUUGGAACGCUUAUCCUCUCAGCACACUCAUGAUCCGAGUAAGGGUUUGAUAUGGCCAUGUGCUCCUCAUUGGAAUGUGAAGGAAAUUCUCAAUUCCAAACCUGUAGUGAAGCCUCAACCAUCCAAUAUUGGGAGAAGUGCUACAUCGUUGAAUUCUGUUGUGAGUGUAAAACCUUCCAAUCUCAGCAGUGGAACUAAAAACCAUACAUCUGCUGCGACUCUGAUUUCAUUGGAUGAUCAUGAAAGAAGAAUGCACCAAGAUGAAGAAGAAAUUCCAAAAAAGUAUAGUCUUUUGGAAUUACUUCCUGCAGAGAAUCAUUUGCAAAUUCUGUCGUACUUGGAACGAAAGGAUUUGAAACGUGUGGGUGCUGUGAAUCGACUUUUCCAAAAAUUGUGUCUAUCGAAAGCAUUACUUGUCGCUCCAGAGUUGAUAUGUUUUCAUGCCAAAACAACUUUCACAGAAGAUACGUUGGGAAUUGGUGUGAAAAUUGAGGUGAAAGACAAUGAUCAAAGUUUCAUGUCCAUUUCCACGCCAUUGGAUUUGAUUUCAAAACAUUCAUUUUUCAACGAGAGGGUGAAAAAAUCGGUUUGGGGACAACCGAUCACUCAUUGGAUACCAGUCUAUCUGAAUAAGCAACAUGGUAAUUUGGCAGCGUUGCAAAUGGCCAUGGAAAGCAUUUACCAGACCUAUCCAAAUCUCUCUCCUAAAACUCCUACUCAAUUUCAAAGGAGAGCGCUCGAUAUGAUGAGUAAAUUAAUGAAUGCCAUGAUUGUGGAGAUUAUGAAAGGCAAUGUGCAUGCUUCUAUUAAGGCGCUUCAAGGAUAUUGUUAUUUCCAUCGGUGGAUGCUCUAUUUAGUCCAGCAUUAUCCAUCAUGCCUCCAAACCUUAGAACAGCAAGUUGAGAAUUUCGUCAAAGUCGACAAGUAUCGUCACAAAGAUGAAUGUCCAAACUUGGGUGAGUUCUUGACCAAAUUAUCCGUUCUAGGUCCUUCUGGAUUGACCUGGGAUUACAUUAGAGAUGCCAUUGUACAAGAAACUGCAACAAGAAAUGUACUGUGGGUUCUCAAGCAAUUUCCUGAGCUCUCGAAAUUGAACGGAAUUUCCAAUACUGAGCGAAUUGAAAAAACAUGGCAAGCGAAUCAAGUUUCAUGCAAACUGAUCAUGUUUCAUGUCUUCUUUUUGAAGAAUGUGGUUGAAAAGCAUGGUCAACGAUCAUUGGAUGAAAUUGGACGUCUGUAUGACAUGAAUUAUGGAUGUUGUUUGGAAGACAACCUCGAAGAAAAGCUUCAGCAGGAACUAUUUAACAUUCAAAAGGUAAAUUCUUUGAUGGAAUAUUUUGAAUAUGUUGGAAUGAAAGAGGAUAUGAGAAGUGUCGAUAAAAUUGGAACCUUCUUGAAGGAUUGUGUGGUAUUGUCUGCUGAGAAGGGGUAUCAUGGAGGGCGAAGAAAUAAUUCCAGCGCUACAACAAGCAGCGGCCCUAAAUCUCAAAGUAGAGACCAAAGUUACUCCAACCAGUACUCCACUAGUAGGAGAAGAUAA